AUGUCGCUGCAUCCACGCCAGUCGCUACAUCCUGCGGCCAUGGGGCACAAUGCAGCUAUGCCAACACAACAGCAAUCGGUCACGGAGCAGAUCAUGCAGCUCGAUCAGGCCAUCACAUUGACCCUUCAAGAGAUUGACCAAAACUUUGCGACUGCGCAUCAGAUUGUCACGUCGCGCAUCCUUCCGGCAGUCAAAGAAUACGGCGUUGCUAGUGCGCGCGUAUGGCAAGGCGCCAAAUUCUGGAAGACGUUCUACGAAGUGUCGGCCAACGUCUCGCUUACAGCCCACGUUCAGAACGAAGGCGAGUUCGACGCCAACUCGCAGGGCGGCGACGUCACCCAGAGUGGCAACGACUCGCGCGAGAAUGCCACCUUCACUAGCGACGACGAUGGAAGAAGUCCACGAUCCGAGACGGGCUCCAUCAUCUACAACGAGAUGGACGCGUCCAUCGUCUCAGGAGAUGGCGACGACGAUCUCCACGACGCCGCAGACGAAAGCGUCGAACAAGCGCCCGCGGAUCGUGCACGCGCAGCAUCGCCUCCUCGCUUCAGCAACGCAUCCAUGGCGGCCGCCGCACGACGAGAGGCUGCGCAGCGUAAGCAGCAGAAGCCGCGCGAUCGCGAAGACCAAGAAAACAUGUUCGACCCCGCCGAGUCGCCGUUCGAGCGUCUGCGUCGCGACAUCACCACCGGCCUCGGAAGGGGCACGUCCGACCCGAGCAUGGAUCAAAGCAGCUUCGUUUCCUCGGGCAAGGUCAAGCCGUCCUUUGGCACGGCAAAUACCGAGCGCGACCGUGCUGCUCUGGCACAAGGUAUCGAAAACCUCGGCUCUACGCACACCGGCCGGGGCGGACGCUCCAUCGACCCUGACAGCUCCAACGCGUCGUCGGUACACGAUCUUCCGCAGUUCAAGUCUUCGGCCACCUCGGCUGGCCGCAUGAAGACAUCAUCGACACCCAAGAAAGGCGCGCUGCUCAACAAGGUGCUCGACUCGGAGCAUAAGCGGAACAAGGGCCGUCUGAGCUACACCAAGAUCCAGGCCACCCCUCGAAGCUCGCAGUCCAAAUCGAACCCGUUCGCCCCGCCAAGCGUGCGCAUGUGGGACGGAAUCGUUGAUUUGCGCAAGACACCGCUCACGUCCAAGAUCAAGGGCACCAAAUCGUCCAAGACAUCUUCGAGCAGCAAGCGAGGCGGAGCUUCCAAGAAGGAUGCACAGGGCGAAGAAGAUGGCGAGUGGGAUUCGGACUCGUCAGACAAGGACUCGCUCGGAUGGCCUGCUGGCAUGUCGCCUCCCGUGACAAUGCAAUUCUCGGUACCGCAGAGCCGGUAUGCGCAGACACCCGCCAAAGAAGCGGCUAAGAUGAUGGUGGACGAUCUGCUUCGCAGUGUCGGCGCCUCGAGCCCUGCAGCUAGGGCAUGGCCGAAAAGCGCCAGCAAAAACAGAGCUGUUCAGGCAGCGGCAGAGCACGCGGCGAGCUCUCGCAAGCAGCCGGUAGCUACGCCGCUCAGGAUGGGACGCAAAGAGGCCAAGCAGCGCGAUCGUCAGAGCGGUGCGGGACGGCGACGAAACUCGAUCCCUACACCACCGACGCUCACCAAGCGUGGUCCGAGUCUGUCACAGGAAGAUACACCAAACAGCAGCAAUGCGCCAUCUGCCAACGCCAGCUCGGCUGCCAUGUUGAUGGAUGCGGACGAGGGCCUCGAGCUCAAUGCCGCCGAUGCACCGGGGCUCUCCUCGUCCGAGGUGCAGCACCGCUUUGGUGGUCUCAAUCUCAAAACGGCUGGCGUGCUUCCACUCGACGACGACGAUGAUGAAGAUGACGACGACGACGAGUCCUCCGACAGCGAGUCGGAUGACGGCGGCGACGAUGUCGCAGGGUCGAUGCUCUCUUCUGCAGCCAAGUACUCCGUGUCGAGCAACAGCCGCAACGGUGGAGGGGGAAGCCAGAACGACAACUCUGGCUGGACCAGCUCGACCGUCUCGUCAUUCAACCAGCCCAAGCAGGCGGGCCGCAGCAUCGAGGACGACACGCUCUUCGGUGUUCGUAGCAACGCCGCACCGCGCGCCGCCGAGACGCAAAGCACUCGCGGGGCGUCGCACGCCGGUGUCUCGAGCGGUCAGAGCAGGGCAACGGCAGCCAAGGGCGACGACGCGCGUGGCGAGGAAUCGUUCAAGGUGUGGGGCCACGUGGAUGAGAUGGGCACCGUUCAUGGCGGUCGACCGUUGGUGGACCGCGACGACACCUACAGCGCACCCAGCCCGACUCCGUUCAACAUGAACCCGGGCGCCCCGGCGCGUAGAUAG